UAUAACAACAAGAAUAAUAAUAAUAAUAAUAAUAAUAAUAAUAAUAUUCUCUCCGCCGGAAAGGUUUCACGCGAGCACGCCGACCACUGUUGUGCACGUUGUGACAGUGCGACGUCGUCGUACCGACCACCGAGGGCCGUAGUUGUCGCGAUCGGCAGUCGUGUGAUUUUCCGACGAGUCUCUCCAGCCAAAUCGCCUGAUGGCAAGUCUGUACCGCGUAAUAAUAUAAUAAUAUAAUAAUAUUUUACGCUGUAAUAUUAUUGUGACAUUCGCCCACGGUAAUAUAUUGUAUGGACGUUCGUCAAUAUUUUAACCUAUAUAGUUUUGAUAUAAUAUUAUUAUAUACGAUUUAUUCAAGUACCUACCUACAUAGUAUAUAUCAUACUUUUUUAUUAUUAUUUUGUUUUUUUCCAUCCACGAUUUGCCUUCGCCGCACGGACAGCACAAUGCCGCGGAUAUUCUUCCGGCCCCCGUAACAAAACCAGUAAACACUUAUUCAGUCAUUUAUUUUCAGUGGAUAAUAGAUUGGCAGUGAACACGCAUUUGUGAGAGACCCGCGCGCGCACGGAUGGAGCGAGGUAACGGGACUUCUGGAGCGGGUGGCGGUGCCGCGCACGUCUCGCCCUACUGCGGUGAUCUUCUGGUCGACUUGCACGACGUGUACGUCCACUACCACGGUUAUGCCAGCCUGCUGGUAUGCGCGUUCGGUUCGGUUGCCAACGUGCUAAACAUCGCCGUGCUGACACGCAAGGAAAUGGUCUCGCCCACCAACGCCAUACUGACCGGGCUAGCCGUGGCUGACCUAUUGGUUAUGGUCGAGUACGUGCCGUUCGCCUACCACAUGUACCUCCGGCCAGCCAACUAUCCGCGCGCCGACCGCUUCUCCUACAACUGGUCCCUGUUCGUCUUACUCCAUUCGGACUUUUCGCAAGCAUUCCACACCAUAUCCAUAUGGCUGACGGUCACCCUGGCCGUGUGGAGGUAUGUUGCCGUGGUUCAUCCUCAGAUCAACCGGAUAUGGUGCCGGAUGGAGACCACUCUGUCGGCGAUCGCGUUGGGCUACCUGGUGUGCCCGAUCAUCUGCAUACCCAGCUACCUGUCGUUCAACCUGUUCUCCCGAGUGGAGACGUUGGACGCGAACGGCAACCGUCCGGCAUCGGCGCUGCAGUCAGCGUUGCGGCGGGCCAAUAACGGCACCGAUGUCCACACCGGCCAUGGUACCGGCGGAGGAGGCUUUAGCAUAGGCACCAGUGGAGGCGGUGGUGAAGUCGGUGGAGGUGGUAACGACGGCGGCGGGCCUCUGCGCAACGUCACCCUAUACUACGUCAACGUCAGCGACCUGGCCACGUCCACGUAUCUGGCCGACAUAAAUUUCUGGGUGUACAGCGUCGUCAUCAAGAUCAUACCGUGCGUGGCACUCACCGUUCUCAGCUUGCGACUGAUAUGCGCGCUACUGGAGGCCAAACGCCGCCGUGCCAAGUUGACGGGCAGUGGCCGCAAGUCGGCCGACAAGGAGCGGCAAACGGACCGGACCACCCGGAUGUUGUUGGCCGUGCUCUUGUUGUUCCUGAUCACCGAGUUUCCGCAGGGCAUAUUAGGCCUGCUCACGCUGCUGCUCGGCAAGCGGUUCUUCCAGGACUGCUACCAGAACAUGGGCGAGGUUAUGGACAUGCUGGCGCUGGUCAACUCGGCCAUCAAUUUCAUACUGUACUGCGUGAUGAGCCGGCAGUUCCGCAACACGUUCAGCCUGCUCUUCCUGCCGUCCUGGAUCUCCAAGGCCGAGUCACAUGCUCUGUCACACGGUAACCCAACCACCACGCAAGUCACGCAAGUCUAAGGCGGCGGCUUCGACGGUGUCGUUGCGACGUUGCCCCCCGUUAACCCGUCGUCGUUGUCAUAUCGAUAACGCGACACCCACCUCACAAUACCCACCACCCAUCGAUCGCCAACUUCGACGGCGGUGACGACAAUGAUACUAUUAUAACGUAUAUAGGCGGUAAUUCACCAAGGAUUCUCACUCACCAUUUUCACAUCAAUAAUGUAAAUUGUUUAAUUUGUUCAAAUUCUGAUCUCUGGAAUUUUCAGGUAAUUUGUAGGUAUUUUUUAUGCUGAAAUACUCAGAUUUCUUAUAAUUUUUUAUGAGAAGUUCCUGUGACGAUGCCAACUUUUGCUUUUCAAAUGAGAACCACCCUUUUUACUGUAGACUAUUUAGCAAAUGAUUAUUUGUUUUUGGAAUCUUCAAUGUAUCCAUGUUAUAAUAAAUUAAUAAACUAUAAUGAUAUAAUAAACUAGGUAUGAUGGCAACGAACCAAUUUUUGUAUUAUGUUGCGCAAAGAUGGCGACGGUCUUUCGCUACUUUUCAUUGGUUUAGAUAAUAUUAUCAUAAUAAGAAAUUUAAAAACGGCGAAAGACCAGCGCCAUUUUUGUCAAAGUGAUGGUCGGCGGGUGAAGAAGAUGCGUAUCACGAUGUGUACAUCAUAUCUAGUUUAUUAUAUCAUGAAUGUAUCUAAAUACUAAAAUUGUUCUUAGUAUUAAAAAAUAUAACCUUUAAGUAUUCAUGAAAAUUGCAAAAAUCAGAACUUGAAUAAAUGCAUUAUUAAAGGAAAAGAGAGAGUGGUCAGCGAAUCACCCUGUUUAUAAACAUUGUCUCGUUACGUUUUGGCCGUCUUUAAGACUCAGAAUUCUAAUACUUAAAUGUUAAUGAUAAUUACAAAGCGACCACACAGGGUUAUUGUUUUUAAUCUACACGCUGUUUUUAGCACUAAACAAUUUCACUGUUCAUGUUUCGAGCCUUUUUCACUAUUCCGCUGGUUCCAAGCUUCAUAUCCGUACCGAAUUUCGUUCAAAUUCCUUUACAUCACUCAUUCAAGUACUAUCCACUUUCGAACAACGUUUAAAUAAUAAUUUACUGGCGCAACAAUUAUAGCCCAUAUUUAUAUACAUAAAUAGGCAGUUUUAGUCCACAGAAUACAACUAAUUUAUGGAUCAGCAUUUCAUUAGAUUAUCAAAAUAAUAAUAAUAAUAUAAUAACGUUUGCCUUUGAUCAUCAAGCAGAACAUUUGGUUUAGAUUUUCGGUAUACAUUGUAUUGUUCUGUAUUCAACAAAAUAUUUCGAUCAUUUCAUAUGUCCAUAAUUAAUAAGUAAUAACAUUACCUACAUAUUGUAUUCAAAUUAAGUAAAAUAGUUGUGUAAAAAAAGUCAUUUAUUUCCGUUUUAGUUUUAGUCAUGUAGUGAUUUCAGCAGUGUAAGUCGGACAAAAAGUGCUGACCUCUAGAUGUUUUUGGUUCCUUAGUUUCCGCGAGGUACCUAUUAUACGAACAAUAAUUUUAUUGCGAUUUCUAAUGAAAUAGAUUUUAACAACAACUUUUUAAAGUAAAGUGAAUGUUUCAACAUAUUCUGCGGUAAUUGUCAACGCGUUUAAAAUAUUAUUAUUUUAAUUUGUACAACUUGAAAGUCGAAGAUAACCAAACUAUUACAUACACGAAGAUUGCAUUGCUAUAAUGGCUUAUAAUUAUACUACUGCAAUUAUUAUAGUAAGGUCUAUGAAAAUGUUGUUAUACUUAAACGAAAGUAUUCAGCAAAAGUCAAAUCACCGAUGGAUUCACUCCGUAAUGAGAAUCAUAAAAGUGACUAACCCUAACACUAUGCGAUUGUGUUGGAUUUUUAAUUUAAUAAUACCAAAAUGAAAUGAUGAAUAAAAUUAACAAAUUUUUAUGUUAAUAAAAAAAAACUAUGUUAAAUUUACAAAAUCCAUCUAUUUAUUAAUGAAAAAAAAUUUAUUAAUUUGUGCAUGUUGAUUUAUAUACACGAAUUCUAUUAAAAAAUUAGAAUUAUGUGUUUAUUGUUAAGAACUACAAUGAAUUAAGUACCCAAUGUUAUAUAUUAACUAUAUAGUUAAAUAAUUAUUGUACUUGUACAUAAGCAUAAACAUUAAAAACAUUUUGACAUUUAUAUUAAUCUUUAUGAUGAAAAUAUUGUUAUAUUAAAAUUAAUAAAAUUAGAAUAUUCUGUAAAUUGUUAGUUAAAAUAUAAAAUAGGUAGAUAGGGUUAUAAAGUAUAAUUUAGUCUUUAGAGAGACUAUCUAUCAGAUGUUAUAUUUUUAUUUGUUCGCGUUUGAUAAGUGUUUUUGUAAUUAAAAUAUUAUUAGCACGAAUUUUUAUUGAAUAAUAAAACAUGUUGUAUUUAUUUAUAGCUUUUGAAAGAAUUUUUGGUCAUAUACAUUUCAAUGUUUUCGUAGAUCGUAGUUAACUAAUCGUUUUUCUAAUUUUUUUGUUUGUACAAA